AUGUCGACCUGCGAUCUUACUUGGUGCGUAAAUACAGGAAGCUGGGAAGAAUUACUAGCAGCUCUUCAGCUCCCUGAAAAUCGAGCAGAAAUAGCAAAAUUUGCUUCAGGAGCAUCAUAUCUUCACCAGCCAACAGGAGUGGAAUAUACCCUUAUGCGCCAAGAUGACAGAGAAAAAGUUUUCCAACUUAUUGCAAACAUUUUAGCUACCCAAGAGCCCAUGAGCACAAUUGGAAUCACUGUAGAAGAAUAUAUCCGCUAUAUUCUUGGGCUUUUCGCAAGCACAACUUAUCUCCCUUACACAAUCGUUUUCAAGUCUGGAAAUGAGAUUGUUGGGGCAUAUUUAACCAAUGACCACCAUACUCGUCAGUUGCCAGCGUUAGAUCAAAUGAGUCAAGACCAAUUAGCAUUUUUCCAAAAAGCUGCUCCACAUAUAGAAAUUGGAACCAGAGCUGCAUGUGUUGAUCCAUCUCCUGAAGCAUCAGGAAGAGUAAUCAAUGGAUACAGCGAUGCUAUUAGAGAAGAUUUCAGAGGGAAAGGAAUUGGAAGAUAUGGAAAUGCUAUUAGAAUGGCACUGGCUUAUCAUUUAGGCUUUAAUCUGAUUUUCAGGAUUUGCGACAAUGAGUCAUCUGUGAUGUCUGGGAGAAGAUAUUUCGAAAAUGGGCAUAUGGUGCUUUAUGAAAGCAUUGAGAUUGGAGGAGUAAAACCAUAUCAAGGACUCAAAGGAGGCAAAGUGUGCCAGUUCAGACAUCUUAAUCCUAGGCUAUAG